GUUGCAUGGGGUCUGAGAGAGAGAAUAUGAAACACCUUAUUGUGUCCUCUAUCCUUGUGGUCUUCUUCCUGACUCCACCUCUGGCCCUGAUGAACAUCAGUGACAGCCAUUCUCUGGAUGGAUCUGUUGGGACCCAGAGCAUCCAUGUCAAUGCCUUCCGAGGUACAGUCAGCAUCCGAGACAACAAUGUUUUGAGUGAAUGGGAUGGAGCCUUGGACUACAAGAAUGCCCUCUUGGUGGCUAAGCUGUUUAGCAAGAUGGCUUGUAUCUUGGCCAAAAUGGACCAAGCUGCCUUCCCAACUUUGGAUGACAUUAUCAAGGCCCUGGACCACCAGGCCUUAGAGCGUUAUCCGUCCACUCGCGGCCUGACCUACACUGUUUUACCCAGCCGAGUCAAGAACUUAGCCCAGUAUGGAAUGCCCAUCCAGGACAUGUGCCGAGAGGUCCCCACCUACUUUGCCCAGCAGCAAAAAGAAGGUACUGCACUGGCAGUUGACCCUGACUCCUGUUUUGAAAUCCAGCUUCUGUCCUUUAUGGGGCUCUCCAUCUGUGGUGAGAUUCCUGGACUGUGAACCUCCCGGUUGGCCCCGUGCAGGACAGACCCAUCUAGACCGGACUACUGGCCUGAAACCAGCAUGCAGGGGCCCAACACCCAACCCCUGUAUUGAUAGAAAGCUCCUCAUUUCUACCUUCUACCUUUCAACGCAAGAUCCCACUCCGUGAUCUUUAAAAUUGGGCACAAUUUCUCCUUCUGGGUGAAAAUAAUAAAG